UCCAUCUUUCCUCGUUGCCGGUGGAUGCGCCCAUCUUGGCGUUUACAUGUUCCAGAAACUCAAGACCCAGGUGGCAGUAUCCAUCCUGGCAGGUAUCAGCACUGGCGUUGUUAUACUAGUCUACACCCUUUACUUUUUUGGACCAACUCUGAGGGCUCGAAGUCGAUAUGCCCGCAAGUUCUAGUUCAAUCCUAGUGACAGCCUUUCAGGUGGAACUUUGGAACUUGAUUAUAGAUGAUCAUGGCGGACUCUUACGCAUGAUCUUGGCAUAUCCCGAUGGCGCCUCUUUUCUGACAGAGAUUCUUUUUUUUUUUUUUGUUUCCGCACCAUGUUAUUUCCAGACUCUCGUCAGCUUAGCCAGGUGCUUAUGCCGUACAAUUACACGGUCUCCUCUUCUUUUUUGUAUGUUCUCCCUGUUAACUCGCCAUGAUCGAAUCCCUCAGGUCCUAAAGAGGACACAUCCAUUACGCGAACAUCGGUUCCUUCAGAAGCUGCUUCGUUAUCAUUUAAGGAUUGAACUUGGUUUCUCGCCGCACAAAUGUCUUGAAAAUCUCGUCGGAAGGUUUAUAUAUCAUUUGUCUAAGGUGGGUCUGGAUAGGGUCGUUGUGGGUUGUGAACUUGAGCCACAUUGCAAGAUGCUGCCAUUAUGUAAUUGCAUGAUCUAAUUGAGAAGGGCGUUAUUCGUUUAUUGACGCGAUCGCCCGGCGCCCCGACUUUUUCCUGUUACGACUCUUGAUGGCGCCAUUUUUUCCCUUCCGCUUCAAUUUUUUCGAGUGCGGUCCCAAAGUUGUCGCUCAUCUUAAGCUCACAGUGCUGAAGAAAAUUCGCUUCACCCAUUCUAUACAAGUGA